UGGAGCUAUCCGUUUGUGUUUAUAGUUGCAACAGCUGAUCCUGAUACCAUAUUAUGUGAUUUGGAAAACUAUACCAAGGGUAAAAAUGUUGAAGAACCUCUGGAAAAGGAAAAGAUUCCGAUCCCCAACUUGCCAGAAAAGUUCAUAUGGAUGCAGGUCACAGGUGGUAGCAAAAUGAGGAACCUUCUCAACUAUGCUCUGAAAGCAUUUAAAGAUGAACGUUCAAUUGUUUGGAGUGGUUCUGGAGGAGGAAUGGGUAAAGCAAUUAGUUGCGCUGAAAUCGUCAAGAGACGGAAUAAAGAUUUGCAUCAGAUAACUAAGAUCUGCUAUCGCAAGGUGGAAGAGUACUGGGAACCACAAAUGGAAAAUCUGGACACACUGGUUGUAAUUCGAGAAAUUCCUACAAUACAUAUACUUCUUUCAAAAGACCCACUUGAUAAAAAUGAACCAGGCUAUCAGGCACCAGGAAGUUUCGACACAUUCUGGCGAUCCACAGAAGGGUCUUCUGAACACGUGAGGAAACAGAAUCAGCCAAAACGCAACAGGGGUCCUCGGGUAUCUAAUGAAGAAUUUGCUGCAAUGGGACUACGAUCAGAUCAGAGGAAACCAAAGCAUGCGGGCAGUGGUAGGAUACCACCAAAAUCUGGCGGAGAUCGGCAGAGGAGAAUUGGCACAUCUGGUGGGGGCUCUGAAAGUGGUCAACAAACGUGAAUGUGAAAUGGAAUUUAAUUUCCUAUAAAAAGUUCCUAUACAUGAACUGGACCUAUUUUGUCUGCAUAUGUUCUGGUAAUAAGGUAUUGCACAAAAAAUAUUGUCACCAUUGAGUCAUAAGAUGUACUUAUUACCUAUUGAACAUUGCUGCCAUAUGGAAUUUGUACAAAAUAAAUAAUUACACAGAA